AUGCUCGCGCUGAUACGCAGGCCUGAUGUGUCGACGCAGUCAAAAGGAGCGUGGCUCGGUCGCAUACUGUUGGCUUCGAUUGCGAUUGGAGCAAUAGGAAUUUGUUUAGGUUUGUAUUUCUCGGGACAAGACGUAGAUCAAGUCAUCACCAGUGCAAAGGAAAAAGUCACAGGGAGUGAAACUCCACCAGCUACAAGUGGAGAAGAGCAAGAGCAUGAGGAAAAAGUCGAGCAAAAGCGUGAUCAGCAGCAGGAUCAGGGCAAGGAAGCGCAGCAACAACAAAGGGAAGAAGAAGAGAAAAGAAGAAGAGAGUUGCAUGAAAAACAGGAGCAAUUGAGAAAGCAGCAACAAGAACAAGAGGAACAGUUGCGAUUGAGGCAACAACAGAUACGUGAAGAAGAGGAGAAGCGACGACAGCAACAGCAAAAGGAAGAAGAAGAAAGGUUGAAAGAGCAACAGCAACAUGAAGAGGAAGAGCGCAAAAAGUUGCAGCAGCACCAACAAAGUCAGAAUGUACGAGGUUAUAGUAGCCGUCAUUGGGAAGAGGCGCAGACGAGGAGCAGAAAACGGUUGUGGUGGUGGAAGUACAAGGACAAUCUCCACCUGUACAAGCUGCGUGAACGCCUAAAAGCUGUACACCCACCUGAUAAUCGUGUCUCGUACUGA